UCAACAAGCCGCCAGCGCCCGUUUGGGAAAUGGCGGUCGCAUAGCCGACGGCACGGCCUCUCGAAGUCGCUUCGUGUACCGCGCGCAAUAACGAAGGUUUACAACGCGACGGAGUGAAACGCGACGACGAUGGCAAUGUCGAACCUCUACUCGAAGAUUUCCACCAAGCCGAUGAAACGCUUUCAAGAUAACGUCGCGGUCAAACAGACCAAUGCUUGGAUGAACGCGGAAUCUCCGAGCAAUACAUCAGAUUCACCUCCAUCAGUGAGCCCACUCUCAUCAUCUAUCGUCUUACAACGUGAAGGAACCACAGUAAAUCAGCCACUGAGUGCACCACCUUCACCUCUGUCUUCCUUAUCGUCACCAGUAACUCAGUUGAAUCUACUAUCACCUGGAGACUGUACCCAGGAUCCUAACUGGCAAGCAACAAAGCCUACAGUCCGGGAACGAAACGCAGCUAUGUUUAAUAAUCAUCUCAUGGCUGACAUUAUAUUUAUUGUUGGAAGUCCAGGUCACACGCAAACUAUACCAGCACAUAAAUAUGUACUCGCUACUGGUAGUUCGGUAUUUUAUGCGAUGUUUUACGGAGGAUUGCCAGAAAAUAAAAGAGACAUAGAAGUGCCUGAUGUUGAACCAGCUGCCUUUCUUGCUCUGUUGAGGUAUAUGUAUUGCGACGAAGUGCAACUAGAAGCUGAUACGGUUCUUGCAACUUUGUAUGUUGCAAAAAAGUAUAUAGUUCCACAUCUGGCACGCGCGUGCGUCAAUUAUCUGGAGACGAGUUUAACUGCAAAGAACGCAUGCUUGCUCUUGAGUCAGUCUCGCCUGUUCGAAGAGCCGAAUCUUAUGCAACGUUGUUGGGAAGUGAUCGAUGCACAAGCAGAAAUGGCACUAAAAUCCGACGGUUUUGUGGACAUUGACAUUCAUACACUUGAAUCUGUCUUGUCUCGAGAGACGUUAAACUGCAAAGAAAUUCACGUAUGGGAUGCGGCAUUACGAUGGGCUUCCGCGGAAUGUAUACGACAAGAUCUCGAGCCAACUCCUGCCAAUCAAAGGCAAUUGUUAGGAUCUGCUUUGUAUUUGAUCAGACUUCCUGCUAUGAAUCUGGAAGAGUUCGCAAACAGUGCGGCACAAACAGGAAUACUGACGCAUCAAGAGACAAUUGACUUGUUUCUGCACUUCACAGCCAGCAAUAAGCCACAACUUUGUUUUCCUAUCAAACCACGCCAAGGAUUGAAAACUCAGGUUUGCCAUAGAUUUCAAUCAUGCGCGUAUAGAUCAAAUCAAUGGCGAUACAGAGGUCGUUGCGACUCGAUCCAAUUCAGCGUCGAUAAGAGAAUAUUUGUAGUGGGUUUCGGAUUAUACGGCAGCUCGUCCGGUGCUGCGGAUUAUAACGUUAAAAUAGAACUCAAGAGACUCGGUAAUGUCCUGGCGGAGAACAACACGAAAUUCUUUUCCGACGGCUCGAGUAACACGUUUCACGUGUACUUUGAAAAUCCGAUACAAAUAGAACCGGAGUGUUCGUAUACGGCGAGUGCAAUAUUGGACGGUGGAGAACUGAGCUUCUUCGGUCAGGAGGGUAUGUCGGAAGCCACUGUCGGCAGCGUGAACUUCCAGUUCCAGUGCAGUUCCGAGAGUACCAACGGUACCGGCGUUCAGGGCGGACAGAUUCCCGAAUUGAUUUUCUACGGGCCACCGUCCGAUGAUUGACGGAAAGUCACGGCGGAAUUGAUGGUUUAAUCACUAGUUUGCAACGAAACGUAAUAUUCGGAUCGUUCUUUGCGAAUACGAACUACCAAGCUUUGAGAUUAUAAAAAAGGAACGGUGUAUAUUCGGGGUACAUAUAUAUUUUAAACUAAAUAUUUAUCAGACAUUCGGAAAUAUUGAAAUUCAAAAUAAAAAAAGUACUUUUGCGAAACCUUGAAAAAGAUGAUACUUAGGAUUAACUAGAAAGUUGCAUAUAAUAUUACCAGAAAUGCAACUAUCUCCUCGAGAUUACUCAUAAAGAAAAUCUUACUGUAGAGAUAGUUUGUAAUUUAAAAAACCGUUAAUCCAUUUUUUGUGAAACGAUCAAUUUUCUUCGUAUACAGUAAAAGUGUUCAUUGAACACAUUGUAUAAUACAUACUCUGUCUGUUAAAUAAGCUAAUUAAUUACUUAAUUAAAAGAUGAUUCUUUUAAAUUUUUAUAUGUUCAUUUUAAGCAUUUGUACAAAUUUACAAUUUAUACAUCAAAUUAUUCUGUUAUUAAUCAUUAUUAAUUGUAAACUUCACAGAGAAUGUGAUAAAGAAUGUUAAAACUUCCUUUCAGUCCAAAGCACAGUACCAAAUUUUAACGCGUACACGCAAUACGUUAAUGACACAUAGUUACGACUUGUUCGAAAAUUAUAUUUUCGUAGAAGACAAAAAAAACUAUGUACAGUACGUGCAAUUCGAUAAUUAACACUAGAUCUUUGUCUCGCGAAUUAGAAAUUUUUAUUGCGUAUAAGAUUUGUCACAUUUUAUUUAUUUGUAAAUGUUUAAUUGUGUAACUGAGAGAAUUACCGAAGACUUACUACGUGCUGCUCUUAUUUUGUUCGCGACAAAUAAUCUUAGAAAAAAAUCAUCAAUCUAUGUAUCUAUUUUUCUAUACGUAUUACGAAUGCAAAUCUUUGUUCACUAUAAUACACAAUAAACUCUCGACUUUUCUUUUA